AUGCCUGCUUCCACUCGCUCUCCACCAACGGCCCCGUCGUCGACUCCUUCGAGGUUGUGCCCGUCCGUCCACUACCCCGUGCCCGAGGCUCCCCGUCGCCGGCCCCCGCGCGCUGCAUCGACCCCCCGCGUCUCCUCUGCCCACGGCUGGACGCCCCGCGCCCGCCGGUCUCGCCCGGGCCGGCUCCGCCUCCGUCCGCGGCUUUGCCUCCCCGCGUCGACCCGGCCGCCCCACACCGGCUCCGGCUCCCCGCGUCGACCCGGCCACCCCACGCCAGGUCCGGCUCCCGCGCCGCCCCUCGCCGCCUCCGGCUCGGUGCCCCGCCGGCCUCGUCUUCAACCCGGCCCGCCGCCUCCGCUCCCGCGCCGCGUCCUGGCCGCCGGCUGCUGCCGUGACCCCGCCGCCGGCCGCUGCGGCAUCCCGGCCUCCUGCGAUGGCCGGCUCCGCCCGAUGACCCGGCCUGCCGGCUUCCCCGGCGACCCAGCCUGCCGGCUCCCCCGCAACCCGGACGCCGACUUCUGGCGCGACCCGGCCGUUGGCUUCCGCCGCGUCCCGCUCCUAUCGGCUCGUCAGGCAGAGCAUAAAAAGAAUAGAGAGAAGAAAAGAAGAGGUCGGCUGGAGUGUGUCUGA